AUGGCCUCCUCAAGACUGAGAGCCUUUAUCGAAAUCGACAGCUCUUCUCAAAUGUCGAGUCCGCCUGCCGCAGUGCAAAAGUACAAGCAGGGAGCCUCGCCUUCCACUUACGAAUUAGAUGAGAUCCAGCCACAACAGACCUCGAAAGUGGGUGCCAAGUCCGUCAAACCCUCCACAAGUGGUCCCUCAACGCCUACGCCUACACCCAGCGUAUUGGAAAAUCGCCUACCAACUCCACCUGCAAAUGAUGUCACAGAAUGGGCUACAGAUCUCACGGUAAUGUCGUGGAAGACCAAAUGGCGACUGUUGGGUUGCUGUCUGAUCAAUUUCGGCAAUGGCAUGAACGACAGUGCCCCCGGUGCGCUGAUUCCGUAUAUUGAAAAACAUUACGGCAUCGGAUAUGCCGUGGUCUCGUUGAUCUUCGUGACCAACGCAUUGGGCUUCAUCUCUGCGGCCCCCGUUACACAUGCCAUCGAGAACAAGCUGGGCCGGUCCAAAAGCUAUGUGCUCGCCAUGUCGCUUCUGGUCACGAGCUAUGUGAUUAUCAUCUGCCAACCGCCGUUCCCCGUCGUUGUGGCAUGUUUCUUUUUCCUUGGAUUCGGUAUGGCACUCAGCUUGGCCCUGGGUAAUGUGUACUGUGCCAACUUGCCGAAUUCCAUCACGGCUCUGAGCUGCUUUCAUGGUUCCUAUGGUCUUGGAGGUACGGUAUCACCAUUGUUCGCGACUGCGAUGGUGUCGAGUGGAAUUCGCUGGUCGCUGUUUUAUACCAUCUCCUUGGCGUUUUCUCUGGUCAAUCUUGGUUAUUCCUGGUGGGCAUUUUUGGAGUAUGAGAAUGAUACCCCCGCCGAGCUUCUGCAGCCAACGGCAUCACGUCCGGCGGGCGACAGUGAGCCCUUGACGAGGAAACAGCUGCUUAAAACAGCUAUCCGCAACCGCACGACUUUGCUCGGUGCCCUUUUCAUUUUUGCCUAUCAAGGCGCCGAAGUCUCCACCUCUGGCUGGGUUGUAUCUUUCCUCAUCAGUUACCGACAUGGUGACCCCUCACGGGUCGGAUAUGUCAGCGCAGGCUUCUGGGCGGGCAUUACUGCAGGUCGGUUCCUGUUGGUCUACCCUGCCGCCAAACUGGGCCACAAGAUCGCGGUCGUGAUCAUGGUGGCAGGUGCCGUGGCCUUCCAGUUAAUGACCUGGCUCAUCCCGAAUGUGAUCGGAGAGGCCGUGUCAGUCGCAAUCCUGGGUCUGCUGCUAGGCCCCGUGUACCCGAGUGCUACAGCCGUGUUCACACAGCUGCUCCCGCGGAAAAUGCACAUCUCUAGCCUCAGCUUCAUUAGUGCUCUUGGCAGCAGUGGGGGUGCGGUCUCGCCCUUCUUCACCGGAAUACUUGCCCAGAAUGUGGGGACUAUGGUGCUGCAUCCGAUCUGUAUUGGCUUGUACGGAGUGAUGGCGACUAGUUGGCUUCUUUUGCCGAAAAUUUCCAAGCGAUCCGAGUAA